AUAACCGACAUCACAUGCAGUCGAAACAUUAGUGUUUGUUUUGUCAGUUUCGUGUGUUGAGUGUUUUUGUUUGUUUUAGUUUUAAAAUGUCAGUGAUGUUUAUUUAGAGGUAAAGUGACGCCUCUGUUCCUUCGAAGUAACUCAAAAUCGAAGCAGGUAAUCCUGAAUAAGGAGCUGAAGCGCGCCUUCAAAACAGCUAACACAGCAGGAGCCACAGCCUGAGCCAGGAAUUUAGCUUUGUGCUAAGUGCCAGCCUCCUGUCCAAGACCAAUAUCGAUUGAAAGAGAGAGUGGUCUGCCGCCAUGGAGAGCCAGCGUUACUCGGCGCUCUACCUGGGCCACACGGUGGUCAGCAGCGGCUACAGCAAGCACAUGAUACCGUGGGUGGUCAAGGAGGUGCUCCGCCAGGCGCGCUCCGAGCAGGUGACGCUGCAGCUGAAGCACGGCUCUCUGGUAGUGGCCUCGUCCUCUGGCGGCGUGGUGGCCACCCACCCGGUCCUCCAGCUGAGCCACUUUAGCCAGACGGUGGCCGACCCGCGCUGCUUCCUCUACUUUGUGCGCGGCGCCCAGGCCGGCUCACACGCCAUGUACCUGUACCAGCUGCGAGACAAAGACAUGGUAUCUGAACUGUUCGCCACGAUCCGGGAACACAGUCGUCGGACUCAGCAGAUCCAGCGCUCCCAGUCGGACACUUCCUCCAUCAACAUGUCCCAGCUGAGAAGGGCAUGCGGCGCGGCCGGCGCGGCCGCCGGCUCCGGACUCAACCCGCAGACCGCCAGUUACUUCGAGGUGCAAUACGUGUGCAAAAUCAAAACUUCCCACCGCAAGGGGCCACCCUCCUUCAUCGACGACGCCCUUCAGGAGUUUGGCGAGUUCAAGCGGCGCACGGCGAGUCAGGCAGGCGGUCUGGCACUGCGCUCAACCCCCGAUGAUGCCCUCUACCUGCAGGGUGACCACGCGCUGCGCUCCGGCUCGACGGACUCAGUGAACAGUGUGGGGAGCUGCCAGAGCUCGGCGUCCCUACCACCGAGCGGGCGGCACGGGUCUGAGGGGGCUGAGGAGACCGGGAGCACCGGCAGACUUACGGAGACUGUGUCGGAGCCGUCGACUCCGAUCGCCGUGCCCAAGAUCGUCAACAUCCCGCCGACGCCGCAGUCGACGCCGUGCGACCGGCAGCUGUCCACGGUGGCAGAGUCGGCCGAGCUCGACCCGCUCGGCUCGCCGGCGUCCAUCCCCCGCUCGGCCUCGGCUGACGGAGAGGUGACGGAGGUGACCGGUGGAGGGGGCGGGACAGCGACCGGCCCGUUCAGGACCCGGGCCAUGAGCGGCGACACGGCCCGCAUGAGACGCAGCGAUCUGGAGGCGGAGUCGCUGACGACCGAAGGGAGCGCUGUGCACCAGGAGGAGGCGGGCGGCCGGCUCCGCGCCGGCUCCGUGGGCUCCUCGCUGAUGGCCGUCCGGCGUCGUCUCAGCUCCAUGGAUCACAACUACACCAUGCUCUUCCAAGUGGGCAAACUCGAGCUGCAGAUGAUCAGCCCCGACAACAAGGCUGUCAAACUGCACAAGUUUUUCAGGGAUAUAUCGCAAAUCACUCAGGGUGUAAAGAACAGCGACCAUUUCGGUUUCAUCUGCCGCGAGUUUCCGACGCCGGUGCACGCCCCCGGCGCUGCUACGGGAGCCUCAGGGUCAGGUUCGGCUGAGGGACAGCCCUCUCCGGCCCCCACCCCGCCGCCCGGAGGGUCGCACCCCAAGGGGUCGUUUGUCGGGUACAUCUUCCGCUGCCAGAACGACAAGAUCGCCGAAGACGUGAUUAACACUCUGACGCAGGCGUUCCGUAACGCCCACGAGAUGAUCCGUCAGAGCAAACGGCAGGCGAUCCAGCAGUGCGACUACUGUCCGACCGUCUGGUUCAACAAGCUCUGUGCUGAGCUCGAAGGUCUCAGCCCGGAGGUCACCCAGACGGUCGUGGUACGCGCCCUGGACUGUCUACCGGCCGACGAGAGGCGCGAGCUCCUCGUCAAACUGGCCGGCGCGCAGACGGUGGACGCUGCCGAACAGAACGAGCUGCUCAUGUCGCUGCUGAGGUUCCUCUGUGACGAGAAGCAGCGCAAACACACGCACGUCACUGCCGGCCAGCCGCUCCCGCCGCACGGUUACGACAGUCAUAACCUUCUCUUCGACCUGAGCUCCGGACUCAACAAGGCAAAGCGCUCGCUAACCUCGCGUCUGGAGCAAGUCUGGAAGUACAACCGCACCAGGGACGAGAGUCGAGACGUCUCCGGCAGCUCCGCGCAGCCCGACCAGCUAGUCAUGCACCAGGGCUCUGCCAGCACCACCCCAGAGACUUCACCGUGCCCGACGCCAACCAAGGCCGAUUUCCGGUACGAGUACCCGUCCGACUCACCGGUGGCCUCGCGACCCCGCAGCUCCACCAUUGCCGGUAGCUCCAGGGAUGGCUAUCGGCGAGAGUAUCGGGGCAAGACAGCCGCCCAGCCGGCCAGGAACGACAGCCCCAUGGUGGCCAUCUUCAAGAAGAUGGGUCAGAGUCCCCGCGGUCCCGAGCCGCUCGGCCCGGGACUGGAGGGGACUCCUCGGACCUCCCCAGCCUCCUGGCGACAGGCCAUCUUCAACAGGAUCCGCACACCAGUUCUUCGUGGUUGCCGCCCUGCUGGCCGUUGCCGCCGCCGACAACGCGCCCUACACCACUCCGGCGCCCACCUACGCCCCGACCUACAAGCCGACCUACGCGCCCAGGCCCGCCUACCACCCCCAGCCGGCCUACAAGCCCGCUCCCUACAAGCAGGAGAGCUACGACGAGCCACCCAAGUACGACUUCAGCUACGACGUCCACGGAUACGGAGACUACGAGCCCGUCUUCAACGCCCAGGAGGCGCGUGACGGCUACGCCACCCAGGGAUCUUACUCGGUUGUGCUGCCCGACGGCCGUACCCAGACGGUCACCUAUCGUGUGGAUGACGCCUACUCUGGCCUGAUUGCUGACGUCACCUACGAGGGUGAGGCUCGCUACGAUGAGUACAAGCCCAGCUACAAGCCCGCCCCGGCCUACAAGCCCGCCCCUGCUUACAAGCCUGCCCCCGCCUACAAGCCUGCCCCUACCUACAAGCCCGCCCCCACCUACAAGCCCACCCCCGCCUACAACUAGAGAGGAGUCAAUAAUUGGUUUACUUCAAUAACUUCGGCCAAAGCGUGCAGUGUCUCUUAUGUAUGUCUGUGUGUAUUUAUUGCAAAGCGAAUGCGAGUCAAUAAAAGAAAAUGAUUUGUAUACAUGUGGUGCUGGAUGACCUGUGAAAGUGGGAGGUAGUUGUCGAUGCACAGAUGAUGAAAUAAACCACACCUCAGAAA